AUGCUCAGCCAUUUGGACUCGGCCUCCCCCUCCCCCCGCGAGCUUGGGUUCGCGGGCGCGCGAGGGGCGCCGCUUUGCCGCCGCGGGUCCUGGCCGGUUCGCGAACGAAAAUGCAACGGUCUGCAGGCCAAUGCAACCUGCCCAAGUCACAAGUUCAAGAGCAGCCACACGAGCCGCCGCGCGCCAGAGCAGUCUCGACCUUUGCACGCAGCGCACGUCCGGUGUGCACGUUUCCGAAGCGCGCCAUUCUCGUAUCCCGAGUUU